AUGGGCUGGGUAGGAGUGGUCACGCUUAUUGCAACCGCUUGUUUCGUGCUUUACAAAUACCCCCCUGCUUCUUGGACGCCGGACCCCUCGCCCCAGCCGAGAUCGACACCCGAAGAGCAGAAGCCGCCUGUCAUCCACGAUGAGACGAAGCAGCCAGAGUCAGAACCUAAGCCCGUAGAGGCAGACGACACCAGCGCAGAAGAAUCGCAGUCGACACCCAAGGCGUCGGCAUCGAGUGCGCCUGCCCCCGAGGUCCCGACUUUCAGCCUCGACGCCGACGAGUCAUCCUCGACCGCGCAGCCAUCCUCCGACAGGAACCUCUCUCCCCAACAACAGCAACCUCAAAAUGGAUCGGCAAAGCCGCCUGUCGCAGUGCCGACGAUGGCACCGCCCAAGGGCUCCCUGAUGCCGCCGCCAACGGCGCCCCUGCCGCGCCGUCAGCCCAACGCCUCCAGUUCCUCAUUAAUGCCUCCCCCUCCGCCGCCGCGACUGCGUCCCACCAUGUCGCAGAACCAGCAGCAACAGCAGCCCCAAACCCAACCGUCCUUGACCGUACCAGGCCGAUUUCCCCCACGUCCUACGACCGGAUCCAACUCCCUCCGUCCGCCCCCUUCGGCCGCCUCCUCGAUGCGCGGCCCCCCUCCCAACCGCUCGCCAAACAGCCUCGCCCCGGCCAAACUCACCGCGAAGCCGUCCCCCUCGUCCAAACGAGCCGUCCUUGAACCGGGCUACUCGCCGCUCGACUGGGCGGCUCUCACCUCCAACCCGAAGAACAAUCUGCGAGGAGCGAAUCUCCCUCCGCAUUUGAUUCGCGUGACGCCGUCGCAGCUCAAGGCGCAGAACGGUCGCAAGGGAGCCGAUGCCUGGACGUCGUACCAGGGCAAGGUGUACAACAUCACGCCGUAUAUACCGUUUCAUCCCGGAGGGAAGGGCGAGCUGCUUCGCGGUGCGGGGAAGGACUCGGCGAAGUUGUUCUUCGAAAUCCAUCCGUGGGUCAAUUGGGAUGCUAUUCUUGGGGAGUGUCUAGUUGGGAUAUUGGUUUCGGAGAAUGAUGAGGGGAGCGAGAAUCAGCUUGAUGCGAUGGAUUGA